CUAUAGCAAAUGGGAGGAACCAGAAAAUGUCAAUUAAAACUUAAAGCCUGCCUAUGCUCUUUCCUUGAUGUGGAUUAGUUGUCGUCGCUCGAAUCUUGACACGAACUCAACUGGAUAAGGCUUAGAUCGGGGCUUCGAUCCGAUUUUUCCUGAUUGUUUUGGUAUGGUAGGCUUCGAUACGAAAGUCACCAAAAUGCCAUAAGCUUUGCAGUACUGAAUCAGCUGAAUAUUUCCUCGGAUAUUUCUGGAAUUUUUUAGGCUAGUUAGCGUCUGGAAACUACCAGUCCUUGGCCCUGCAUCUAAAUAGGCUACCAACACCAGACCAUCGGUGUAGCAUUUGGAUCAAAGAACGUGAUUGUCGGAGAUCAAACAGUUAACAUGCUAAUCUGGGACACUGCUGGAAACGAGAGGUAUGACACUCUGAGUAGAAAUUACUGCAAAGGGGCCAAAGCGGCCAUUUUAUGUCAUGAUGUAACUGAGACCGCAAGUUUUGAGAAGGUUAAAUUAUGGGCUGAUGAACUUCUACAGAAUGAAAAGAACUGUAAAAUUUAUCUAUGUGGUACCAAAGUAGAUAAAACGAAUAGAGAAGUUGACUAUCAAGAAACAAAAGACUAUGGUGAUAGUAUAAAGGCAAAAGUGUUUGAGACUUCCUGUAAAACAGGAAGCAAUAUAAAAGAAUUGUUUAAUUCAAUAGCUAAAGAUUUUGUUGAAGAUCUAAGGUAUAAGGAUGAAGAAGGGCUGACAACAUACCACACAUACCAACUACACAAUGUUUCCUUGUCAGUUGAUUGUGGUGAUAUUUGCUAUCGCAACACAGAUGCAAUAGUUGUUACAACUUUUGACAGGAAUUUUCGUAUGGUCAGCUUCGGCCUAGGAAGUGUUGCAUUUCAGAAAGCUGGAUACAAGACAACAAAUGAAUUUACAGACAAAUUAGCAAUCUUGCGAAGUUCAAGGCAGGACAAUAGAGUCAUAACAACUGAUGGAGGAGAUCUCAAAUGCAAAUACAUCUUCCACAUUGGCAUCCCAGGAAUUGAUGAUAACUAUAAAUGGCAGUCCAUCCUAACACAGAAUAUCAUCCAUUCACUACAACAGUGUGAGAAGCUUCUCAAUUGUGUGUCUAUUACUAUCCCACUCUUGUACAGCUCUCUCUGGCGUUUUCAUUUUGGUAAAAGUGCCACUCUGCCACAGAUAUGUGCUGAUAUCAUUGUGUCAACAGUUCUUGAUUAUUUGGAACACAUGUCUGGUAGAUCAAGUAUAAAAGAAGUAAUAUUUAUUGACCGGAUCAAACAGAAGGCACUGAGAUUCCAGCAGGCUUUGCAAACUGGAGUCCAAGAAAGAAAAGUGAGAGCAUAUCAAAUGCCAACUCAGUUAAUGUGCGAGUACACAUAUCCUGACACGCAAGCACGCUUAAUUGUUGCUAGCGGUGACCCAAAGAAACAGCCUGCAGAUGUUCUUGUGACUCCUUCGGCAAAUUUCACAAUUGCUUAUUCUGGAUUAACUGCAAGAAUCCUUGUUGAGGCUGCUCUGCCAACAGAUGUAAUCCAGAAAGCCUUUGAAAGUCAUAAGCUACACCAGCUGAAUCUGGUUAUAACAUCAGCAGGAAAGCUUCCAUUUCAGCAUCUCUACCAUGUGCGAGGAAAUGACGAUGAAGCCAAAGACUACACCCAACAGAGUCUCCAGAUUGAAACCUGUACAAUUGACUGUCUGAUGACAGCUGGAAAAGCUGGAUUAAAAUCAAUUGUGCUACCAUUGAUCUACAACCGAUAUACAGAAAUCGGGCAGCGCCAAUGUGCACUUAUCAUGCUCGAUGCCAUACACCGCUUCAUGAACAAGUUUAAGCGGGAAAGCAUUAAAGAGGUGUAUUUUUAUACCGGAUAUCCGUCCAAUGCUUUUAAGCUUAAGGAGGAGCUUAUUAUUCGUUACGGAGACAGAGUAGUGGAUAUUAAAGGAGGUCAAGUCCCACUUGAAGUGCUAGCAAGAGGUCUGGAGGCUAAUAAUGCUUUUAUUGAUGCAAUACAAGAGGGCAGCAAACCCAUCUACCAAACACGCCUAAUGCUUGUUGGACCAGAGCGUGUUGGUAAAACCAGUCUCACCAAAGCCCUUACAGAACAAGAAUUUGACGCUACUGAAGAAGUUACUGAUGGAAUUGAAGCGUCAUUGUCAUGCACACUCAGUGUUAAGCAUACCACCAACUGGAAACCACAACCGAAAUCACCUGAAGGGACAAUAAGUGAAGCAAGGCAGCAGUAUCUGAGAGCUAUUGCAGAACAGGUUGCAGUAAAGCUUCUGCAGAAGAAAAAUGAAAAACAACCAGAAUCUCAGCCAUCAGUGAAAGAUGAAAUCAAGACAUUUGAAAGUGUAGAAUUACCGGAUGUUACCAAGUCAACAAACACAUCACCUGAUGCACCUGUGCAGUCACAUGACCAAAUGACAUCAUCUGAAGAUGUGCCAGCCUCAGAUGGUGAGGUAGAUGCUCUAAAGAAUACUUCAUCAGUAGGUGAUUUAACUUCACCAACAACACCUGAUGUUCCGGAAGAGGUCGUUCAAAUUGUCUUACAGAUUCUCCAAGAUCAAGAAAGGCGAGAAGAAAAUGAAGGGUUAGAGGAGACACUUGAUGACUUGAUUCUGAGUAUCUGGGAUUUUGCUGGACAGGAUCUCUACUAUAUCACUCACCAGGUGUUCUUGGUAUCUCGUGCUCUCUACAUCAUUUGCUUCAAUCUUUGCCAUGACCUCCAUGCACCUGCUAAAGUACAGAUAUAUAAGCGAGAGGGUGGAAAGGUUUCAUUUUCGGAACAUCAUAUGAGCAACUUGGAUUUUAUAAUUUUCUGGUUGCGGUCAAUCUACUCAAAUACCACCGAAAACCCAUCGGUGGCAAACCAGGAGCAGUUCUCACCACCAGUGUUCAUUGCUGGCACACAUAGAGAAAGCUUACCAGGAAAUGCGGAAGAGAGACAAGCGCUAGCAGAAGAGAAGUUUGCAGUUAUUAAGAAGGCAUUAAGAGGGACACCAUAUGAGGGCCAUGUAGUGAGCAAGUACUACGCAAUUGACAACAGCCUCAGGUCACCCCUGGAUCAAGCCAUUGUUCACUUGAGGGACCACAUCACCGAGGUUGCUAAGUUAGAGCACUACAUGGGGGAGAGAAUCCCCAUUAAGUGGCUGGAUUUCUUGCAUGAGAUUGAGCAGUUGCGCAACAAGCAAACGCACUCAAUCAACUUCACAGAGGUGAAAGAACUAGCUGCAAAGUGUGGUGUCAUCAAAGAAAUUCAACUGUUCACUAUGUUGCAUUUCUACCAUGACCUCGGAAACAUCAUCUACUACGGUGAACGGCAUACACCAGGCAGUGCUCUCAAUGACAUCAUCAUCCUGAAUCCUCAUUGGUUAAUAUGUAUCUUUAGGAGAGUGAUCACAGUCAAGGAUCCGUCAGAGCAAUGGGCCAAAUUCAGAAGUUCAUGGGCAAGACUUGAUGAAGAAGGACUCCUGGAAGAGAGGCUGAUCCAACACAUGUGGCAUGACUUCCUUGACCAGUUAGAAGGCUUGUUACAGCUGAUGCAGAAGUUUGACUUGCUUUGUGUCAAGGCACAAUCUUCUGAGAUUCCAGCCGUUGUCGGAUCACCAAAGGAAGGGAAUCGUCUCUUCUAUGUACCAUCCCUGCUAAAGAAGCAAGAAGAUGAGAUGGUGUGCAUGGAUCAGCUAAUGAAGUCCAAAUCAGUGGUCAUCCUGUACAUUGACUUCAAUGGGUUCUUGCCUGAAGGUCUCUUUUACCGACUCCUUGUGAGGCUUGUGCAGUGGUCACAGCAUCAGGGAGGCUAUGAGCCUAGGCUCUUCUACCAACAAGCCAACCUUUUUGUGGAUGAUGAUCAUGACAUGAUCCUGAGGAUCCUGCCUCAGAAGAGAUCUUGCAUCCAGGUAGCCAUUGUGCGGGCUAAAUCUGUUGGAAGUGAUGAUGAAGAGGAAGAGGAAGA